UUCGUUGACUUGGUGGUACGGGGUUUCCAGUGAAUUUCCGAAGUAGCUUUAGCUGAUUAGCUGUAUACGAACUCCGAUCCCCAAUAUCUUAUCUUGGUCGAACGCUAAGUAGAUCAUCACUUCCAGGUUGCUCUUGAACAGUUUGAGGAUUCAGGAUGAUGAACCCGAACCAAGCUCAAGUAUUUACUGGUGGAUUAGAGUCUGCAUCUUCUGUUGUCAGCUCUGGAAUUCUAUCGUCUUUAUGGGAACUCAUCUCCUCAGAAAGUACCCAUUCAAGCGAGGCUCUGUUCUGGAAAGAUGUUAGUAAAGAACCAGGCUCGACCAUUAUAUUGUUUGGGACUGCCCAAAACACUGUUGAACCUGAGUUGCUUACUUUAUCGAACGACGACGACAAUCCCUUCAAAUUUAUCUGUUCCAAAACCUACCCAACCUUCUCUCUCGAUAAGUCUACAUUUUCCCUCUUCAAUGCUUAUCGAAACAAGCUUGAUCAACUCAAAUCUAAGAUCAAUCUGCAAAAUUCAGUGUUUCUGACUGGUUAUGCUGUUGGAGGAUCAAUUGCUUCUCUUUUCACUUUAUUGCUACUAGAAAAGAUGGAUCCGAAACAGAAACAUCCACUCUGCAUCACCUUUGGUUCUCCACUUAUUGGAGACCAAAAAUUUCAACAAGCUAUAUCAAGAAGUUCAAAUUGGAACUCUUGCUUUUUGCAUGUGGCUUCUCUUCGUGACCCAUUUCUAUCCUAUUCAAUUUCCCACAAUUCGUACAGCCCCUUUGGAAUAUUCUUCUUAUGUUCUGAUUAUGGAUCUGCUUGUUUUGAAAGCCCUGUUUCUGUUCUGAAGCUUCUAAAUCACAUGACUCAGCUGAAUCAAGAAUUUCAGAAUCCUGAUUAUGGAAAUAUUGUGAAGAAUUUGAAUCGUAAGGCAAUUUGCAAAGACACUGAUGAUGGUCCCAACAUCCCCCAUUCUGAUAUUCUUGAGGAAAGCCUCGCAUUGCAGCUAUGUGCUCUGGGAUUUUCACAAUUCCUGCGGGAAGUUGACCUGAAGAAUUUGGUUAAAGAACUGAAAUAUCAGGAAGUGCAAUUGACUUUGAAGAAGACCAAACGGUUUGUCCUAUUUAAGAAGUUGGAUGAUAUGAAAGUGUAUAUGGCCAAGUUGGAAUGGUACAAGAAGCAUACUAAGAAGGACAAAUAUGGCUACUACGACAGUUAUAAGGAAGAGAUUUUCCCUUAUGACCUGGACGUUGUCUUGUACAGGAAAAAACUCAACAAGUACUGGGAACAGGUAGUGGAAGAGGUAGAGAAACAGCCCAUGAAAGAAGCUGCAGCUUUUCUUCGUACAAGAUGGCUUUACAGUGGCAAUAUUUACAGGAAAAUGGUCCAACCAUUAGAUAUAGCUCAUUACUACAAGGAGGGAAACAGAGACUACAUUAAUUGUGGAAGAUCUGAGCAUUAUAAACUGCUAGAGAAGUGGUUUGAUUCUGAUCGGCUGAAACAUGAUGAGUCGAUGGAUAGGAAGAAUGUAGAAUCUAUAUUGACCUCUGAUUCUUGCUUUUGGGCACGUGUGGAAGAGGCGGUUAUUUUAACUCAAAAACUUAAAGCUGGAGAUCAAUUCACUGAGGCAGAGAAGCAAGAGGCGAUGAAUAGUUUGGAUGAGUUUGAGAAAUAUGUUUAUGGGUUGCUGAAGAAUUAUGCUGUUUCACCGGAGAUUUUCUUGGAGAAAAGUAGCUUCAUGUGUUGGUGGCGUGAUUAUAUCAAAAUCAAGGGAAUUAAGUCACACGACUCUGAACUUUUUAACCUCAUGAGUAAUCAUGACGAGUAUGAGAAAGGUGCUUAUGAUUUCCCCCAAGAGACCAAGCUUUUGAACUGACACACGACUUUGAAAUAAAUUUGGAUCUCAGUUCAUGCUGCUUUCAACUUAUGUUCUAUCGAUCUAAGUGGCUUUGGAACUAUGCUUCAUUGUGUCUGGUUGACAUGUACAUCAAUGUACCUUUCUCUAUUUAUGUUCAAGUUUAAAAUUUAUAUCAAUAAUUUGUGUGAAACUGAUGAACAUUUCUAUUAUAAUUCCAUCAGUUUUUUUUUUUUGUAA